GGAACAGUUAAGAGGGAAGUGAAGAGAGGAAGAGGGAAUCCAUCUAACUUGUCAGGCCUUAACAGGCUAAAAGCUCCUUUGACUUGACUGACUUCCUGCCCCAGGUUUGAGACGGAUUUGUGAUAAAGUGAGAGACCAUGGUGGGCAAAAUGAGACCCCUGUUCUUCAUUCUCUCAGCUCUCUGGGGAACAGCUUAUACCAUCUCUGUGCAAACACCUACGAAGGUCCUACGAGUUGCCCAAGGAAAGGGUGCCACACUCCCAUGCUUGUAUGACACCACAGUUGCGGGAAGGAGUGGAUUCAUCCAAUGGGACAAGCCUCUAACGGACCCUCCAAGUCAGGUACUGGUAUGGUCCUUCUCCUCACAACAGUACAACUUUGGGAAUCAGUACACAAAUCGAGUCAACCUGUCCGGCAACUAUCAGACCAACGAUGCCUCCAUCACCAUCAGUCAGCUGACCAUGGAUGACAAUGGGACCUAUGAAUGCUUACUGAUGCUUGAUGGAGAUUUAACUGGAAACAGACAAGCAAGGAUGGAUCUCAUUGUUCUGGUGCCCCCCUCCGUACCAGAGUGCAGCAUUGAGGGGGAAACUAUAUAUGGGAACAACAUCCAGCUAAAAUGUCACUCCAAAAACGGAUCUCCAACUCCCCAGUACAGCUGGAAGAGCUUUGACAUCGAGUACAAGGAACGGCCACUCUCACCACCAGCUACAGGAAAUAACCUACUUCUGAAAAACAUUUCCCAUGAUACUUCUGGCUACUACAUCUGCACCUCCACCAACGAGAUAGGAACUGCGUUCUGCAAUAUCACUGUUGCUGUCAGGCUUCCCUCAAUGAACAUUGCCCUGUAUGCUGGGAUUGCGGGAGGCGUGGUUGCUGCUUUCAUCAUCAUCGGCAUCAUUGUGUACUGUUGCUGCUGUAGGAACGAGAAGGAAAAAGACAGUGAGAGACCGGAUCGAGAGGAUUAUCAGGAACCUCCAGAGCAGAUGAGAGAAAUACACAGAAGGGAUGACAAUGAGGAAGACAGGAAUCAGGACAGGAGGAGUUCUGGGUGGGACUCACCUGUGCCCAGCUCCCGGUGACUGAAGCUGCCUAAUGUCUUGUAUGGAUAAAGGGAGGAAGAGGAGAAAAGAGUAUGAAGAGCAUAACUUUUUUUCUUUUUUUAAAUGACGAUUUCCCCCAA